CAACUUCCAUACACCUAUACAUCAGUUUCAAGAGGAUGAUGAAGGAUUUCCCAGAUGAACAGAUGAAUUUGCCUCCUGGAUUCAGGUUUCAUCCCACCGAUGAAGAACUCAUCACUCAUUAUUUGAUCCACAAAGUUCUUGAUGAUACCUUCUCCGCAAAAGCAAUUGGAGAAGUGGAUAUGAACAGGAUUGAGCCAUGGGAAUUGCCCAGGUUGGCCAAAAUGGGCGAAAAAGAGUGGUAUUUUUUCUGUGUUAGGGAUAAGAAGUAUCCCACCGGAUUACGAACCAACAGAGCAACCGAUGCCGGAUAUUGGAAAGCCACCGGAAAAGAUAAGGAGAUUAUCCGGGGGAAAUCGCUGGUCGGGAUGAAGAAAACUUUGGUUUUUUAUAAAGGGAGAGCUCCAAAGGGGGAAAAAACAAAUUGGGUAAUUCAUGAAUAUAGAUUAGAGGGUAAACCAUCAAUCCAAACCCCACCAAAAACAGCCAAGAAUGAAUGGGUGAUCUGCCGGGUGUUUCACAAGAAUUCCGGCGAGAAAAAGGUGAAUGGUUCAGGGAUGAUGCUGGCGAAUUCAGGUGGAAAUGAACUUGUUCCGGCACCUAUGCCGCCAUUAAUGGACUCUUCGGCACCGUUUGCUGGUGGCAGGGCCACGGUGAUCAAAUCCGAUUCCGUCAACGUGCCCUGCUUCUCCAAUCCGAUCACCAUUCAGACACCACAUAACAACUUUCUCAACAAUCCUAGCUACCCUUUUGAUCCCAGUUCCGAUGGUAAUAAUUACUGUUUUCCGGCGACUCAAUCAUCUCUUCCGGCCAUGCAAGAUAAUCCCGAAUCUCAAUUCCAAUUCCAGUUCCAAUUCGGCAGCGGUUACACAUUUCCAGGUCAAGAUCAAACAAUCUUGAAGGGUUUAAUCGAAGAUCAUCAUGGGUUCGAAAUGGAUGGAGAGAUGGUUACAGGUUCUCAAGAAACAGGGCUGAGUAGUGAGAUGAACACCGAGAACUCAUCCGUGAUGUCGAAUCUUGAAAUUGGAAAAGUGGGAUUUCAAGAUCAAGAAGCUCCAUCAACUUCUGUCGCACCCAUUGACGAUAUGGAUUGCAUCUGGAAUUACUGAAAUGUUAAAUCAAUAAAAUCAAGAAGAUGAUUAUAUGAAGCUAUGAAGAUGAUGAAUAGAAGAAGAAAAGAACGAGUUGAUUUCUUGAAAAUGAAUUGUGUGUUAAAAAUGCAGAGAAUUUUUCUGAUGCUUGAGACAAAUAUUUUCAGGUGAUGAAGAAACACUAGUAUAAUA